AUGGGAUUUUACCAUGCCCCCAUCAAAACCAUAAUGCGCAUGGCAGUUCAAUACCAAAGAAAUUCAAUGUUUUGCAGGUUCCAAGAGGAUCGUUUGGAGAUACUGUCUUCCAACAAGCAAGUUCUCCAAUGCGAACACCCAUUGCCAAUCAGUGAAGUUCAAGGUAUUGGAAUAAAAGGAAACUGCAUGCUUAAAUCUGUACAUGGGGCAGGACGUAGAUGGUAUCCUUCUCCGUGGUACGCGUUUUUCCCUGAAGGUUAUGUGAGAUUUGGUCAAAAAUUCAUCAUUCAUGGAACCCCUCGGGGCGAUAUCUUCAGUGUCGAUCUCAUCGGCCCAUCCAACAACGUUCCGUUCUCAUUCACCCCCUGUUUCCAGAAGAAUCAGAUAGUGCGUAAUGCAAGCAGACAGGGUGAAUGGGGGCAAGAAGAAACCGAUGGGAGGUUUCCAUUUGAGAAGGAUCAAGAUUUCGAUCUGAUUAUUCGGUAUGAUCCCUCUGAUAUCAAGUACUUUGUGAACCGUAAGCAAGUUGGAUCGUUCGCUCAUCGGUUUGAAGAGCCCGAAAGGGUUUGCACUGGAAUGCGAAUCCUCGGAGAUGUUGAAGUGCACGGCGUAGAAUUGGCUCAUCUUGCUGAUUCUCGCAUUCCCGUUCCGCUUACGGUUAGACUAGGCCAGAGGCUGAGGCCCGGAGAAAAUAUCUGCAUUCGUGGAGCCGUCAAGAAUGAUGCCAGCGGGUUUAACGUCAAUUUCCUGCGAGGCGAUACCAGAGCAGAUCCAUCGCAGACGGUGCUGUUGAUGGAUUUUCGUUUCGAUGAAAACGCAAUCGUCAUGAACACCUCCACAGAUGGCGCAUGGGGGGAAGCAGAACGAGUGUCGUUGCCGUUGCAGAAAGGGGAUUCUUUCAAUGUGGAUGUCGGUGUCACUGUCGCUAGCAUGGAGAUUUCUUGUAACGGGAAUUUGAUUCACGAAUACAAGCAUCGUGUUCCAUUCGAUGAAAUCACCUAUAUCCAAAUUAAUGGAGACUGUACCCUUACCAAUGUGUUUGGUACGGGACGAAGGUACUUCUCGGUCCCAUGGCUGACGGGCUUCCCCGACGGAAAUCUGAAAACCGGCCAGAGAAUUUUUGUGCAUGGCGUAUCCAAAGGUAAUAGCUGGAACCUCGAUCUGCUCGAUUAUGAUGCUGAUAUUCUGUUCCGUUUCAAUCCUCGGUUUGAUAAUAAACAGAUAGUGCGUAAUUCGUCCAAGGCUGGACAGUGGGCUAACGAAGAAAGCGGCGGGCCGUUCCCGUUUGAAAUAGAUCAGCCAUUUGAUCUCGUUAUUGAGAACGAACCGUCUUCACUGAAGAUUAUUGUGAAUGGUGAAGAAAUUGGAACAUUCGAGCAUCGUACGGAUGAUCCUAUGGGAGACUACUCUGAAAUGAGACUCGAAGGUGAUAUCGAAGUGACCAAAAUCGAUGUCAAGUGA